AUGCCAUCUGAAUGGACCUCAAUUUGCAACACUUGCAGCCAGAAAUUCAAGAGCUAUGGACUUGCUGCCCACCAGAAGGCCUGCAAGGGGGAUGCCUUACGGAUGCAGGAAGAUCACGAGAGACAGAAUGCUCAAGCAGGCUCUAAUGCAGCUCCUGCUAUGCAUGAACCUACUUAUGACCCGUAUGUAAAUCCUGAUGAAGGUCUACCAUUCACAGUGCUGCAAGAGGCACCAGAUGAUCAUGUCCUGCCACCUGCAUUCCAGCAGGAUGACAUCAGGACAGAGCAUCAUAUGUGGGAUGUAGCAUCUCCCUGUCAUGCAAAUUUCAAAAAGAAAGUGAUUUCGGUCCCGCAUAGGGACCAGGAGCACAAUUUUAAUGUUUGGUAUUGUUACAGUCACUACAAGAGAAGUCCGGAAGAUGCCGGAUUAGAUCCGUACCUUCAGAAGGACUUGAGACCCCUUCUGCCUGUAAACCGCUAUCAUCGUUCGCCUCCGCAAACGUAUAGGCUGCUCUGGGACUGGGCCUGUGACCUGUUGAAAGAUCCUUGCCUUUGUCCGCAUUUCAUGUUUGAUGCUCAGUGGUUGAACAAGUAUGAUGGACAAGACUUUGUGCAUUUUUUUGAUGAGCCAUGGAUGGCCAAUGCCUUCUGGGAUAGUCAAAAAGCAUAUCCUGUCAUUGCACGAUGUGCAAAUUCACCUGUCAGAAUAUGCAAUGGUGAGGGUUUUGGUGGUGGUCGCCUCAUAGGCUGGCUUCCAAUUGUUGAAGAAGAGAGACAAUAUUCUGGAACUCAGUCCUUCGUCAAUUUCAAGAAUGUCGUCUGGCAUGAAUCAUUUAAGUGCCUUCUCAAAUCACUCACACUACUCUCAAAAACUGGUUUUUGCAUCAAGUGUUGGGAUGGUAUCAAGUGUCUUUUUUACCUACUUAUUCUUAUUUUAUCGGCUGACUAUGAGGAGCAGUACAUGCAUUAUGACCUUGAUAUGUGGAAUGAGGUGCAAAUUCCCUUGUCCUAUGUUGCUCACACAGACAUCCAUUCUGCAGUCUCAUUUGACCGCUUACAUUUUCAGGAACACAUCAAAUCAAUUGGUCGGCAGACACAGUCUAAAAUUGAUGAAUACUUCAACUCAAUGCCACGUUGGCACAACAUCAAUCACUUUAAUCAUGUCAUGGACAUAUCAUUUUCUGAUGGCUCAAAGUACGAAGAUAUUUCUAAGCUUAUUGUAUUUGCUGCGCAUGACAUCAUCAACCAAGCCACUCACGCACUUCCUUACCUACUCCUUCAAUGCAUUCAUGAAUAUGUCAACAUUGACAUCGCAAAGGAUGACUCAGGAAAGAACUGGGCAUACCCAAAACGACAUGCACACGCUCACCUGUUUGACGAUAUUGAGGCAAGAGGUGCCAUACAAAUUUAUCUUCAGCAGAUGAACUUCAAGAACAUUGCUGAACAGUUGGGUGUGGCACAAAAGGAGCAGACAUUUGUGGCCUUGGAGCAACUGCAUACGAAUGACAAUGUGUUCAAUUGGUUUUGCAUCAAGCUUGCAAACUUUCUGAGUGAUUCCCUCCCUGCUCACGGAAUACCUUUAUCUGGUGGAAAAUGA